AUACAUACUGUACAACUAUUUGGACCUGAUUUUUAUCCAUUACGUUUUGUUACGUUCAGCACCAGAUCCUGUUACAAUAAAUGCUUCUUUUUAAAACCAACCAUAGGCAAGAAUAGUGCAUGCCGCACGACUGACCACCAUGAACACGUUUCGAGACGGAAAAAGCUCCAUCGACUACAUUCUGGUGUAUAAGAAUGACGACGAAAAGGAAAAGCACCGAGAAUGGCGACGAAAUUUCGAGGCAAAUCUUGAAGAGGAAGGACUGCGUCUUGAAACAGAUUGGAUGGCUGACGGUGGUGAUGAUUCUGCAGAUGUGAACGGAAUCAACUUUGUUAAAAUCCAUGCGAGCUGGGAUGCUCUGUGUCGAUGGGCUGAAAUCGGAAGAAUGAAAAAACCGUUUGCUAAAAACGACAUUUUCAAAAGCGAAAACUCCCUAACUGCAGUUGAAAAAUUCAUGACUUGCUGUUCGAAAGACUCUAUCAAGUAUGCUUACGACACGCAUGAAAAAGAUGAGAGUUAUUUUACUGCAACGUUCGACAGAAAACGACUUGAUUCGUUCAUAAUGACUGACAGAGCAACCUUUUUUACACCAACAGAACGUUACAGACUGGUGCAUGAAAUUUUACGAGUUACCGGCUUUGGAGAGGAUUGUGACGACAUUGGUAUGACACGCUUGUUAUCAGAUGGUGUGUAUUUGGACGCCUACCCACCGCACGAUGGCGCAUGGAAACCUCCCGCAAAAGAAGGUUCGAAUUUGGGACCGAGGCAGGCUCUUUAUUGGAUUUGGGCUCGACCAGGUGCAUGGGCUCGUCCGCAACCGUUAGAGCUUAUUAGAAUGUACUUCGGUGAAAAGAUCGCUAUCUAUUUUGCUUGGCUUGGCUUCUACACGAUGAUGCUUGUACCAGCAGCUGUAUUCGGGAUCAUAGUUUUUCUAUAUGGCUUGUUCUCAGUCGGCGGGGAAGAAACUGUACAAGCGGUUUGUAAUUCCAACUUAACGGUUUGUCCGGUUUGUGAGACAUGUAGCUUCGAUCCUCUCAAAACGUCAUGCACCUACUCUAAAAUAAGCUACGUUUUCGACAAUACUGGAACUGUGGUUUUCGCCUUCGUCAUGUCUAUAUGGGCGACAUUUUUCAUUGAGCUUUGGAAACGGCAAAGAGCUAGGCUUUCUUAUAGAUGGGGUACACAGGACUUCGAAGAAGAAGAGGAUUUAGUGCGGCCAGAAUUUAUCGUCGUUUCUGACAAGAAAAAGUUGAACCCCGUGACUGGAAAGUUGGAACCUGCGCUAUCGACCAAACUAAAAGCGAGAGGAAUUGCUUUCUCAGUAUCAACCUUAUUUUUCAUGUUAGUUCUUGUGGUCAUCGCCUUGAUUGGUGUCAUAGUUUAUCGAACUAUAAGUUCCGUCCUCGCCUACCAAGCUACGAGUGGUGGAAUCAUUCAACGCAAUAUCCGGCUUAUUAUUUCCAUCACAGCUUCUAUUAUUAACUUCAUAAUUAUAACAAUAUUGGACGUGAUUUACAACAAGCUUGCUCUGAAACUCACAAACUUAGAGGCGCCGCGAACCAGGACUGAAUUCGAGGACUCUUAUACACUCAAGAUGUUUUAUUUCAAGCGGUUAACUAUUACUCUUCUUGUGGUCAUCGCCUUGAUUGGUGUCAUAGUUUAUCGAACUAUAAGUUCCGUCCUCGCCUACCAAGCUACGAGUGGUGGAAUCAUUCAACGCAAUAUCCGGCUUAUUAUUUCCAUCACAGCUUCUAUUAUCAACUUCAUCAUUAUAACAAUAUUGGACGUGAUUUACAACAAGCUUGCUCUGAAACUCACAAACUUAGAGGCGCCGCGAACCAGGACUGAAUUCGAGGACUCUUAUACACUCAAGAUGUUUUUAUUUCAAGCGGUUAACUAUUACUCGUCCACAGUUUACGCCGCUUUUUUUAAAGGUCGCUUUGCUGGUUCACCAUACCGAUACCACACCAUGUUUGGCUACAGACUGGAAGAGUGCGACCCAACAGGCUGUCUUAUUGACGUGUGUAUUAACUUGGCCAUCGUCAUGAUCUUAAAGCAAGCCCUAAACAACACAAAAGAACUUCUGAUUCCCGUAAUAAGUUCCUGGCUCGCACGGAGAAAGGCGAAAAAGGCUCAGAAUAAAGCAGAACCAUCAAUGCCCAAUGCUGAAAAUGUUGACGACGACCCUGAAUCACCGAGAAGCAGCAACGUUUUUCUGGACAAUCCUGCAUUCCAAGAUUACCCGUUAAGCAAAUACGGCGAUCUUGGAUUAUUUUCCGAGUAUUUAGAAAUGGUCAUCCAAUUUGGCUUUAUUACUCUGUUCGUUGCGGCUUUUCCAUUGGCACCGUUCUUCGCCCUACUGAACAACAUUAUCGAAAUACGACUUGACGCUUACAAGUUUGUAACUCAGCUGCGGAGAGUGCCACCUCUCCGGUGCAAUGACAUAGGCAUGUGGCUAUCCAUUCUACAAUCAAUCAGUACGAUAUCAGUGCUUACCAAUGGACUGGUGAUUGGAAUCACGUCAAGCUUUAUACCAAAAACAGUUUACUCAUUGCUGUACGGUCCCUGUGCUAGUGGAAACAAUGCUGGAUCCUCGUGCUUGAGUGGUUUUAUCGAUAGCAGCUUGGGUGAAAUUGGUGUAAAAAACAUAAGUGUUAUGAACCACAUUGCACAUAAUUUUACUCUGCUUCCAGAAACAUGCAGAUUCCGUGCGUUUGAACCCACCCCUAUUUUAAAUAGCAACACAAAUCAAUUAAACUAUUGGCACGUAUUUGCUGGACGUUUAAUAUUCCUUCUUAUAUUCGAGCACAUCGUAUUUGGUUUAAAAACAAUUGUGGAUUUGCUUAUCAGCGACGUACCGACCGAUCUCGCAAUUGCUUCGCGUCGUCAAAAACUUUUGGAGGUCCGCAUGUUUUACAAUCAAGAUGCCUCCGCCCUAAUAGACGUUGACAGCCCAAUCGACAACAGCAAUUAUAUCAAAGACAUAGAGAAUACCCAAAUGUAAUUGAUUUGGAGAAACAAUGUUUUCUAAUGGGAAGAGAAUAAUCCCCACGGACAAAUGGCGGAUACGAGUUAUGCAUAUAUAUCUGUACAUAGCUUUAGUCCUUGGUUUAAUUAAUACAUAGAGUUUACCAAGUUAAAGAAUUGUUAAACAAUACUUAUUAUUGCUAAAUUACCUGCAAUAAAUUGUAACGGAUUGAAAUUGUAGCUUUUUGGGCGAAUGGCAUCAGUUAACAGAUUUAGGCUUAUUGGUCCUUCUUUUUUUGUGCACAUUUUAUUCAUUAAGCUUGCGUUUAGGAAAAAUAUAUCCCCGAAGGUGUAAGA